GUUCAGCUUCGCAAGUGGGGCAGGGUUGAUAGUCGGAGAGACGUUGAAGGCGCCAGAGCGCAUAGUUGAAAUGCCUGAGCAUGUUCGGAAGCUCUUUGACGUUCCUGUUUUGAGUCACUGCUGCACACGGGAUCUUCAUGCACCACGGAAUCCGGUCGUGUUCUCCGUGUAUGCGCAGGCGGUAUUCAAUUUAGCAGUGAUGCUUCUUCUAGAUCCAUAUUUCCAGGAUCCGACCGCGAGUCCCACGACAUGCGAAACCCCCUGCUUGGUGCAGAAGAUCAGAACUCUCCCCACAGUAAAUGUCGUUUCGCAGUACACCUACGCGUGGAUUUUCCGAGGCGAGACGAUCUUGACGCACACCGUAGAACCGGAAGGAACAAGCGCUGUCUUUCAGGUAGAUGACACACCGGCGGAAGUUGGGUGUGCAGCCGACAAGCAGAGCAAGGUGUGCAAGAAUUACAGGCGCGACGAAUGCAAAUCCCCGUCGCCGUUUUCGCUUAUAUGUGUCGUCGGUUCCCAACUUGCAGCUACGUCUGGGGACAUGGCCUCGUCGGGGCCAGGAUCGGUGUCAUCAAUUUGGACAAGCGACCUUCUCUGUCCGAUCCUAAGUGCGGCCAGGACAUUUUCUGAAGCCGAGGCAGUGCGCAUUGCGGCCGACCGAGGGUCCGACGUAGCAAACAAUUCAGUUGGUGGGUGUAGCAACAAUGCCACAGCUCACGCAACAACAACCGAAUCGGCAGGCUGCUCAACUUUUCCCUAUAACGUAGCAGCCCCUAGUUCCCUCAAAUGCGCUACUUCUACUGGCAGGGCGACAAUAUUAGUUGAGAUGAAAGCAGCACAAGAAUCUUCAAACGGCUGCGAUAAGAAAGAGGAGCCUUCUCAUAGUUGCGUCAGCGUCGAAAGUGAUGAUGGCAUCCUUGACGAAGAGGAGUUUGAUGCUGCUCCUAGUACUCAAGAGCUAAGUUCUGAUCUCGACAUCACUCGGGAAGAACCGAAUUUCCAUGGAGGUCCCGCACCAAAUGUCGCAGGCGAAUUGGAGUGCGACCGACAGGCGCGAUGGACGAACGUUUUGGCUCAGCUUGAAACUGCGUUGUUGCGCGUGGUGCCUUUGACACGAGAAAGUGGAUUACCGAACAGCCCGGACAAACUUCAAAAACAUACUUUAAGUGCCAAUUCUGCUGGGCCGUCUGUUACUUCUACGAAAGUGACAACCCCUCUAGUCCGAAUCGUGACGCGGCCGGCGAGACAGAGCGUCAAUGUUUUCGCGCGGCCACUUCGCGAGGCUAUUCGUUCGGACUGGAAUCCAGAGUUUGCAACUUGGCUAAGUGGGGUCCAAAAUCAGCUUGCGGCAUUGCUCGAUAGAAGACACGCACACAUACCGUCUAGGAUAGCGGAAGCAGGGCUUGUGCACCCGCUAGUCAACUGCAGCGCAUCAUUGUUCGAAUUAGGCUCGAGCGAUAGCGCAAGCAAGGUGUGUAAUGCUGCUACCGGAAUCGCUCCACCGUCAGCUAAGGAGGAGAACAUUAUCGCGGACGACGCCGGAGGAGGUGGCGAGUCGUUUAACCGCAGAGCAUCGUCCUCCGGUCAUUCGCGAGACGCACCGAAAAAGCGAGAUGCGUAUGACAGCAUAGUACAGAGUACCGAGGACGGCAUCAAUGAAGAAAGAGAAGAUUCUAGCAGUGAGGGAUUGACGGCAACCGCAACGACACUGACAAGCACAGGCUUACCAGCAGACGAUGCCUGCUCUGGUUCGACUGAGGGUCCACAAUUUUGCAAGUUUCUGCUACCAAAAACCACCAGAGACGGCGAGACGUCCAAGACAGUAGAGAAGAAAAAGAAGAGAAGCACAACGACAGCCAAACAAACUCAGCGGAGAAGUUCCACAUUUUCUAGUACCAGCAAAACAACCUCGCCGGGUGUCGACAACAACGAAAAGCUUGCUUCUACUUCUAUAAGUUCAUCGCGUAGAAGUGAUGACAUGUUUUCUACCACGCCUCCCGUGGACGAAUCUGUGACGGACGGAUCGAAGGACUUCCGAUGUUGCCACAAAUGCCACCAUUGCCACGGAGGUGAAAGCUCCGUCAAAGCAAGUGGUCGACACAGGAGUUGCAACAAGGAUGCAGUCCGCGAAUACUGACACCGCGACUUCGCUUUCUUCUCAUAGAGAGAAUGAUACGAUCGCAAGGAGAACUGCGUCCGAAGUGAAACAAGACAAUAUCAGCUCCGGAGUUGCACCCAAGAAGAGACCAAAGGCAGACACGAUUAUUCCGGGGAGCUGGACGGCGCUCUUUUCCAAAUGACCAUGACUCGCUUUCCGCAGUGUACUAAACAAACUUUUUUCCUCGAGAAGUAACGACAUGCUCUAAUCUUAUCUAUCGACUCAUCAGUACCAUUUUCAUUAAAACUAGUUACCCGUAUUCAACCAAGGUAUCCGAGUAUUUUACGUAGCUGUGACAGAUUUUUUCAUCCAUGAUUUCCUCACAGAUACAUAGUCUUUCCUAACAUCUUCUGCAACUCAAUUCAUGGAAUAAUCGGGCUCGGGUUUAUUCUACAUACAUACAAGACAUGUUGUAAUGAAGAAGCCACUCCACAUGUACAAGGGUGCUGUUGCAACGAAGCAAUAGCAAGCAUUAUGUGGUAAAUUCUUUCGGAAUUAUGUAUCCGGAAUUGAAAAUUAUAAUCUCGCGACGCUUCAUGGCGAAAUGAAUCCUUUGUAAACAUCUGCAGCAAGUAACAUUUUUGAGAAUAUACUAGUACUUGGUUUUUGAUGAGAAGCAAGAAGGAUAAAGCACAUUUUCUGAUUCAGGAUUAAUUAACGGUUCUUGUACAACAACAUAAAGACCGACACGGGCUCUUCGAGGGUACUGCAAUUUCAAUCGUUCUCUUUGGAAAUGUCACAUCAAAUGACAAAUAGGUUUUACUUAUUAGGAGGACUACUUAGCCUGGUGUGAAGCAAGGACUUUCGAAGAAAUUAUGAUUUCUUCUUCGGGAUACGGAUAGGUGGCUUUAGCGUUGUUUUUUGUCGAUUAUGGUUUUCUAUGCCACAAGUAGUUUGUCUAGGUGUAUGUGCGUCAUUCUGACGGCAUUUAUGUAGACUAAAACCCUAAAAAAAAAAUGUAAUUUGGAUGAUCUUAUAAAUAAGGGGGUAAAUAAUUGGUUGAAAGGGUGGCAGCAUAUAGUCCUAACGCAAAAAAAAAAAAAAAACCUACGGUCGUCAGGCAAGACGAUAUCAGGGGCACACACAUGACAUUAUGUGGCCGUGUGUGUCCGGCCGGAUGCAUUCGGGAUAGAUCCCAUACUGUAUUCAAGUUUGACACUUUCUUCGUUUGGACACUUCUCAAGGACGAAAAGAAUGCGACAUUCGUAUCCUCCUGCCGGACAGUCGAGGACCGAGCAGUUGCUUUGUAUUUUCGAGCACAUGCUGAUGGUGUUGUGAAUGAGACAAUUCAGAAAAACCUGGCGAAAUUCAUAUCUUGAGUCGUUGUUUUGGGUCUGGUAAGAUUUUAUUCGAGUUUCUCUGUACAUUCGUGAUUCGUUAGUUUUUUACGUGUGAUGAUUUCUAUGCGACUUCCCGUAGUUUUUUUCCUUUGCGCUCGUAAUUGAUGAGUAUUGAGGUUGACAGUUUGUAUUGCCAAAGAUUUUUAUGGAUGCUCAUUGCUUUUUGGAGUUGUCGAUUACAAGUCUAUUGGGUUUCUGUUGUCCUACAUGCUGACAAGACAAACCAGGAUGGAGAUUGUGAACGCCAUUAAGGAACGAGGAGUCUGCGAUCCCAUUUCGAUUUCGGAGAGGCAAAUCGGAUGCGUGAUGUUGUUUCUGCUUGUGACAAGGGAAAUCAGAAGUUAUCGUGAUUUCUACGUAGGUGCGCAGGAGGCC